AUGGCGGUAAGAGCCACAGUAUCCCGGUUUCCAAUUGACGCCGACGCACGCGAGGGCUCCGGCCUCCUAUGGGGAGUAACCGUCGCACCAUUCGCCGCCGCCGACGAAAACGGCCAAUCGCCGGCAUACGGAUCCGGCGGCGACCUCCUACCCCGGUGCGAGAAUUGCUGGGCUUACUUCAACACCUACUGUGAGCUUGAACAAUGGUCAUGGUCUUGCUCCCUCUGCGGAAACCUCAAUGGCCUCUCUUCCAACGCGAUCGAACGGUACUCUCGUCCUCAAUCGUGCGCCGAGAUGAUGUCCUCUUUCGUAGAUCUUGAAUUGCCUCAAGAAGAAUCCGAUGCUGCUGCAUUGCAAGCAUGUCCUGUUUAUGUUGCUGCUGUUGACUUGUCAUCUUCGGAGGAAUUUCUGGAACUCACUAAAAGUGCAUUGCUGGCAGCUUUGGAAGCUCUUGCUCCCGGUUCACUUUUUGGGCUUGCUACCUUCAGCCACAAACUAGGACUGUAUGAUGUUCAAGGUCCAAUACCUGUUGUGAAAAAUGUUUUCAUCCCUCCUGAUGCAGAGGGAUCCUUAACAGUUGAGCUUGAAGAUGUCAUGCCUUUGUUGCAGUUUCUGGCUCCUGUGGAUACCUGUAAGGACCGUAUUGCAUCCACACUUGAAACACUUAGGCCAACAACUUCAUGGGAGAGAACUGCUGGAGCAGGUCAAGGACUGGAUGGUGUUCUGCUAGGUGGGCGGGGUUUUGGGGUGGCAAUGGAAGCCCUCUGCAGUUACCUUGGAUCCGAAUAUGGAAACACUUUUGCAUUAGCUAGAAUCUUUGCCUUCUUGUCUGGUCCUCCUGAUUAUGGAGCUGGACAAUUGGACACGAGACGAUAUGGUGAGCAAUAUGCAAGCAAAGGGGAGGAUGCAGAUCGUGCUUUACUCCCAGAGCAGACACCUUUUUAUAAAGAUCUGGCUGCUGUUGCUGUUCAAGUUGGUGUAUGUGUUGACAUAUUUGCUGUAACAAAUGAGUAUACUGAUUUGGCAUCUCUAAAAUUUCUGAGUAUUGAAAGUGGGGGCUCCUUAUUUUUUUAUACAAGUACCGAAGAUUCAACUUUGCCUCAGGAUAUGUAUCGAAUGCUGAGUAGGCCAUAUGCUUUUGGUUGUGUAUUGCGAUUAAGAACCUCAACUGAAUUUAAACCUGGAAAUUCUUAUGGUCACUUCUUUCCAGAUCCACAGUAUGAAAAUGUUCAACACGUAAUAUGCUGUGAUUCAUAUGCUACAUAUGCUUAUGACUUUAUGUUUGAGAACAACAUUGGGUUUUCGAGGAGUAAAUCAGAUGUUCCUACACUCCAGAUUGCAUUUCAGUACUCAGUUGUAGUUCCUCCUCAGGAGCUUUCCAGUUCAGGAGGGGUAUCUACAAGCAGAACAAAGCAUCAUUCCCUUCAACGCCGGCUAAGGAUCCGAACAGUGCAGUUUGGCGUUGCCCAGGACAUUCACGAACUUUACGACAGCUGUGAUCCUGAAGUGGUUCUAUCUUUGCUCGUGCACAAGGUUAUACUCGCCUCUUUGGAGGAAGGGGUUCGGGAGGGUAGACUUUUGCUUCAAGAAUGGCUAGUGAUCCUUGCAGCCCAGUACAAUGAUGCUUAUAAACUUGUUCAGUAUAGUAAUGGAAGUUCAACAAGAUCUCAGAUUGAUGUUGCCUUCUCUCAAUGUCCUCAACUGCAGCCCCUACCACGCCUAAUCUUUGCGCUCCUGCGAAACCCUCUUCUUCGCUUCCACGAAGAAGGUGUUCAUCCUGACUAUCGCAUCUAUCUUCAAUGCCUGUUUAGUGCUUUGGAACCGAGUUCCCUUCAUCGUGCUGUGUAUCCAGUAUUGACAUCAUAUGCUACUCCAGACAAACAAGCAUAUCCUCGCCAUUCCUUGAGUCGUGCUGCACUGCUUACCAGUGGCAGUCCGAUAUUUUUCCUGGAUGCAUUCACAGUUCUGAUUGUGUUUUAUUCCUCAACUGCAGACCCAACACUUCCUUUUCCUCCACCCCAUGACUGCUUGUUAAGGACUACAAUCAACAUAUUGAAGAAAGAAAGAUCCAUCACUCCUAAACUCAUUUUUAUUCGAGGAGGGCAUGACGAUGCCUCAGUUUUUGAGAACUUUCUGAUUGAGGAGCAGGAUGUUGAUGGAAGUGGUCUUACAAGUGUGAUGGGUUUUGUUUCCUUCCUUGAAGAUAUAACUCAGAAAGUUUUAGAAUUCAUAAAAUAG